AUGGGACGGGAGGAUGGAGGCAGGGGGGUGCACGGGAAAGCGGAGGGAGAGGAGAGAGAGGAGGGGGAGGAGGAAGAGGAGGUGGAGGAAGAAGAGGAAGUGGAGGAGGUGGAAGGGGGAGAUGAUGGGUGCGAGGAGGAGAAAUCUACUCUGGGCAAGAGGCGAGUACAUAGGAAGAUGAAGAGAAAGGAUUCAGGAGGGGGAGAAGAGAGAUCCGAGAAGUCUCGGAUGAUUGAGGCGGCUCGAAGGGACCCUUCGGAGGGCAAUCUGUUGAGCGUGCUGCGGCGUGUGUUUGGCUUUGAUCGGUUCCGCGAUGGACAGGUGGCGGCCAUCCAACGGGUGCUGCGCGGCCAAUCAACGCUCCUCGUGCUGCCAACUGGUGCUGGGAAGUCGCUCUGUUACCAGCUCCCAGCCUUCCUCCUCCCCGGCCUCACCCUAGUGGUCAGCCCGCUGGUUGCGCUCAUGCAAGACCAGCUCGCCCACCUGCCGCCCUGCCUGCCCGGUGCCCUCCUCUCGUCCUUCCAGUCACCCCAUGAGAGCAGCGGAGUUAUAGAGAGGCUGAGAGGAGAAGAACUGAAGGUGCUGUUUGUGUCGCCUGAGCGCCUGGCAGCGCCCUCCUUCCUGCGCCUGCUCUCCAGCCUGCCCCAGGGCGUGUCCCUCGUGGUGUUCGACGAGGCGCACUGCAUUUCAGAGUGGUCCCACAACUUCCGCUCAGCCUAUCUGCGCCUCUCCUCCAUCCUCCUCUCUAGCGGUCUCCUGGACAAGCAGGCUGCAGCUGGUGCUGGUGAGAGGCAGGCUACUGCAGCAGAAGCAGCAGCAGACGAAGAGCCAUCAGACAGCAAGGCCUCUGCUGCAGAUCCCUCUUCUGCACGUGGUGGUGGUACUGCUGCUGCUGCUGCUGCUGCUGCUGCUGCUGCUUCUGAUGCUGAGGGUACCAAUGGUUGUCUAGCUGGUGGUGACCACACUAACAGCAGCAACAUUCCCCGCAGGCCGUGCAUUCUCGCCAUCACAGCCACUGCCACACGCCUUGCCACGUCAUCGCUCAUCGCAGCGCUGGGCAUCCCGCCGGGUGGCGUGAUUCGGCGCGGAGUGGUGCGCUCGAACCUGCACCUCUCAGUCUCGAUAACCGGGGCCAUGCCUGCUCUGGGAGCUGGGGCUUUGGCUGCAGAGGGAGAGAGCAAGUGGGGGGGCGGGGCAGCAGCAGCAGGGCAGAGCAGGCAGCGGGCGCUAGUGGAUUUGCUGAUGGCUCCCCCCUUUGCUUCUGCUCGCAGCAUCAUCGUCUACUGCUCCUUCCAGUGGGAGUCCGAUGAUGUGGCACGUGUGCUUCGAGACAACCAAAUAGCAGCUCGGAGCUAUCACGGUGGGCUGCAAGCAGGGGAGAGGACACGCAUUCUGCAGCGCUUCACAGCCAACAAGCUCCGAGUGGUUGUGGCGACACUGGCGUUUGGCAUGGGCUUGGACAAGGCGGAUGUUGGCGCAGUUGUGCACUACUCGCUUCCUCGCAGCCCUGAGCAAUAUGUGCAGGAGAUAGGUCGUGCGGGGCGCAACGGUCAACCCGCCUUCUGCCAUUUGUUUGUGGACCGACCCUGCUACCUUCGCCUGCGCAGCCUUGCACACUCGGACGGAGUAUCAGAGAGCACUGUAGCUGCCUUCCUCUCCCUCGUCUUUGGCGACUUCCAACUGCCAUCAGCACCUGAAGAAUCACCUGAAGAACCACCUGAAGCAGCAGUGCAGAUUCCUGUGUUCCGGACCAUUCCCAAGGAAAAAACGGCUCAGUCCCUUGACAUUCGCCCAGAGACCCCAGUGGAGGCUCUUUCCAGGAAGGUACCUCUUGUGAAGGCUAUUCUUGAGGCCAACCCCACCCCUCGCAAUGGCCGGUACACCAUCCAGCUGGCACCGCUGGCCAAUCACGCGUGCAUGCCGCUGCCCAUGCUGCUUGCUGCCUUGAGAGACCUGCAGAGGUGCGGGGAGAUUGUGUGCGAGUUCCAGGAACCUUCCUUGUGCGUGCAGCUCAUAUCUCGCCCCAAGAGCCUCUCCUCUUUGGCUUCAGCCAUCUGCCACCGACUGGCGGCUGUUGAGAAGUCAACGCAAGCCAAUCCCGAUGCGCCACCUGUCAGCGCGCGAGCCAUUGCCCGCAUCCUCCACGGCCUAUCCAGCCCAGCCUUCCCUGCGUCUGAUUGGUCCAAGCACCACUUCUGGGGUCGUUACGCGGACAUUGACUUUCACACACUCCGACGGCUAGUCGUCAACCACUGCGAUUUCUCCGGCAGUAGCCGCGGCGCGAGGGAGUUUGUGGCUUCUCUCCUGCCACAAUUUAAAGAGGCCAAUCCGCAGCUGGCAGUUGAAGCUGUUGUGAACCGGGGCAAGCACCCUAACCUGCAUGCACAGUACGUGAAUGGGAGGGAGAGGGUGGUGGAUGUGAAGAAUCAAGAGGCGGAGACCAUUCUCAUCCAGGCUUUAAGGCUGCGGAAUUCCACGGGGCGGAAAGUGGUCAAGCUGAAGUCGCGACACGAGUCAACUCGGCCCAGCAUCCAAGGCAUGUGGACGCCAGAGCUUCAGGCGCAGCUCAGAUCACAAGCAGCGUAA